ACUCGAAGCCGCCUUGCGUCUGACAGAAGCAUCGAUCCCCCUCCCCGGCGACGACGAAUACCGCGGCCCCUGGGGAUAUCCGGUCUGCUGGGCCUUGAUGUCGCCUGUCCCCAACACCAGCUAGCCUCAAAAGAUGAACCAACAACCCGAUCUCUACUUCCCGGCGUAUGCGAUGAGCACUGCGAACCGGUCCCCCCGCUCCUCCCGGCCGGGUUACAAUACCACUACCGGCCACCCGGGCCUCAAUCGUCUCGACCAGCGCCAGAUGGACCCUGUCGGCCAAGCACCCACCGCUCUUUUUGCUGCCGAUGACCGCUUCAACACGUACGAUAGCAACGCGUUUCGACACAGCAGGAUGCAGCUUUCGCCGGCCUUUGGUGCAGACAACUUCGUUGGGAAUGCACAGGCUUGGGCUUACAAUUCGGGCGCAAGCACCGUCACGGGAGCUUUGGGCGAGGGUAGGCUACGCUCAGGGGCCCGUAGAGCAGCCAUCCCGCCGGAAUGGACCAUGCCCGAGCAGCCCGGGCUCGGAAAUCAGCCCCUUCCUCCCGUUCCUUCAGCACAGUAUCCUGCCGGUGUAGGCUUCAAUCCGGCCAUGAAUCUUAUGAACGGCGAUGGGGGGCCUUUUCCAAACGAACGCCACGGUUACCCGGUGAACAUAUACGACGCUCGUCAUGAGCCAAAGGCCCUGGGCAACGAUCUGAUCCCGACCGCCAUCGUCAUCAAGAACAUACCGUUCAAUGUGCGGAAGGAGAUGCUCACCUCGAUCAUGUCGGAACUCGGCCUGCCACAGCCUUAUGCUUUCAACUACCAUUUCGACAACGGGAUCUUCCGCGGCCUCGCUUUCGCCAAUUUCCAGAAUCCGGUUGACACGCAGACCGUGAUCGAGCAGUUGAAUGGCUACGAGGUUCAAGGCAGGAAGCUGAGGGUCGAGUACAAGAAGAUGCUGCCGGAGCACGAGAGGGAGAGGAUUGAGCGGGAAAAGCGCGAGAAGCGCGGCCAGCUUGAGGAGCAGCACCAGCCCAUUCCCCUUCAUUCCCAAUCCUCGAUGCACUCGCUGAACGCCGCACACACGUCGAGGUCUCGGAACUCGCCGCUGCGGGAUGUGGACCUCAAUAACCCAGAGACGCUCAACUUCUACACCGAGUUGAUGCUCUUCAAGAGCGAUCCGAGCCGCGAGAUCAUCGUAUUCCCCAGCACCAUCACACCUCAGCAGCGGCGGACUGUUCACAUACUCGCACACAACAUGGGUCUUGAACACCGAUCGGUGGGUGAGGGACAGCACAGGCAGAUCCAUGUCAUCAAAGACGCGGCGGUCGCACCAGCCAUUCACAUCCCGCCAGGCGUCUCCGCUGAUGCCCAUCGUCGGGGCCUGAGUCGCGCCGCCACCAUCGACUUUGCCGAGACCCGGAACGCGCCGGGUCAGUACAACACACUCGGCAGGCAAGGGCGCCACGGUCCGACACUCGAACUCCCAGACAGCCCUGACGGGGGUCUGAACGCGCUGCGCGGGGUCAAGUCGUUCGCCGAUCUCCGAUCUUACACCCCGAGCCCGUCCCUUUCUACCGCAUCGGGAUAUCCCCAGGGUGGCAGCAUGCACGCUCCAAACGUGGCACAGUUUGGCGAGUACAGCGCCAGCAUCGGUCAGCCCAGCGCCCUGACCACGCCGACCACGCCAGGCACCAGUUCGAAUAACGACCCGUCCAUGUUGAUCAACGAGCUCGGGUCCAUGAACCUGGGCGAGCCAUUCAACGGCAACCGGCUUCGACCCCGGGAGACUCCCGGUGCGAUUGGUAGCCAGCGGCCCAGCUUGAAUGGGCCCAGCACCCGAAGCGUGCCCGAGCGACAGCCCCACGGGCCUAGCGGUGAAUGGGGCGAGAAGAUAGGCUUUGGGGGACGCGGUCGGACAAACGGCCACCUCCAGCGGAGCAGCGGUACGUGAUUCACCUUACUUGACCACGGUGCCUGAACGCGAAUGAGGCCUCAUUC